ACUUUGUUCUUGUAUUCCUUUGCGCUAUUUCCGGAAAAACAACACCUACAGGUACCGCAAAAUUUUGGGCGGCGUGGAGAAGGUCAGCUUCCCCAAGCAUAUCAAAUGUAAAUAUGUCUGGGUCUGGAAGAAUGCAACUUGUCAUGCUGCAUCAGGAUUCCAGAAAAAUCUGUAUUGCAUGAGUACCGCAAGGAAUGUAAUUUUUGCUACGCGGAGAGGGCAUUUGUCAUGCGGAAUAGGCAUCAAGAAGCUCUGAAAAAAUCUGUGAUGCUAGGGCGUGCAUCACAGACAUCAGGGCCCAUGCAAAACGUGCAUGACAAGUGGCAGAAUGUUCCAGACCCAGACACUUUUACAGUUGAUAAAACAGAUGGCGAAACCAGCCGUGGAGCUCAUCAAAGAGGUACUGAAAAUCAUGGCUCUGGUUUUUGCCACGGCAUUGUCUCCUGAAGAGCAGAAGCGGAUCGACACCAUGAUCAAUGUCGUUAUCUUAUUGCCAAACAGACACUUUCACUACAUUUGUUGAGGUUUGCGUUUCUUUGGUCUUCUACUUCACGAUCAUCAUGCUUUGCAUGCGUGUAAUGCUGUAAUAAACAAGGAGACGCUCCUCCUUCGCCUUCAGCUUGAUUCUCCUCGAGCAUGCGAGUAUGAAAUAACCAGCGCAAAAUUUUUACGUACUUGCUUCAUUUUAUCGUCAGGUGUGCAAGGUCGAUCCGUCCCAUCGGCUACCGAUGCGGCCCGGCGGCGUGAAAGAGAAUCUGUACCGCCAAGUCUUUUACGAGUUCGAGAAGUGGGCCUUGCUGGAGAAGCGCACCCUGAAGCCGCCGUUCAAGCCCCGCAUGAAGACAAGCGACCCCUUGUACCACUUUGGCGGCAACGGCGGUCCCGAGGACCAGAGUCCCCCCGUGCUACCGUACCAAGAUCCCGGCAACGGCUGGGACGCGGAGUUCUAGGAAGCGUGGGUAUUGGCAGAAGUGUAGCGGAGCGGACGCGGAGCAGGGAGUUCUGUUGUUGUAUAAUUUUAGUUUCUCUGUGUCUUUUUGCGAUAGAUAUGUCAGCUUGUUAAGUUUUCAAUUUUCAAUAUACAUGAACGACCAGGAAAAGAAGUUUCAAUGUCCGAUCAUACUACUGCCACUUCUCGAAGUGGUCGAAACAGUUUCAGUUUGAGUCUAUUUUUACUUCUCAUGCAGCACAGCAAAACGCAGUUUUCUGUGCAAAAAGAAGCGCGACGCUUCUCAUCAAUUCUUAUUCUUGUCUUCACAACAAUUAGCGAUCAGGACAAUCCCUCGUUCUAUAUGUAAAUUUUUCACUAUCACGAUUUGAUUUUAUUUACUUUUAUUUUUCUCACUAGCGGUUACUUAUGGUUUCAGGUUUAGAUUUACAGUUUCACUUGCACAUUCUCAUAGAUCUACUUUCUCUGGUGUAUUUCCUCGCAGGGGUCCUCGUGGGGUAGAGCAUAGUCAUGAUGCUUAAGCUGCUUAAAGGAAAACGAAUAUAAAAAGAGACUACGACCAAAAGACUGUCACGGAAAGCCCCGAACAAGAUGUUUGGAUUUCGUCUUCUGGGGAAAUAAAAACGAAUAACAAGCAGCCCUAAUCGGCGUUGCGCUUUCGUCCAGCAACGUGACGCGUUGAUUAAAACUUAGUUUUCCGAUGACCUAGUCAGACGUUAUUUUUGUCACUACCUCCGCGACAUGGCAAGUGCCUCUGAGCUCACAAAGACACAGCCAUUAUAUGUGACUCGAUUGGUUUUACAUUUACAUGUGAUGAUCAUGCUGGGCCUCGUUAUGACAGCGACAGGGCGAUCCUGAAGCUUAGUAUACUUAGAGCGCGCCAGCAUGGCAUGUGUGUGUGUGUGUACACAAGGGGGACUAGAUAGAAGUCGCAUUCGCGAGCAUUGGUCGAAUACGGAUGCAUCUUCCUGACAUUUGUGCUACUGAUUGUGAAUCUUCUUGUGAGAACACUGUGAUGGAUGGAAGCUACACACUAAGACUAACACAGCAUGGAUAUUAAACGGUAAGCAUAUUGCCCACGGAAAUGAUCGAAUGGAUGGGAGAGUAUUCAUACACAUGAAAUUCUUGUACAUAGGGUGCAGCGGCACAAAGCGAAAGAGGUAAACGGAACGAAAGGACAAGCAAG